GGGAAGCCGGGGCUCGAAGAGCGAAGGAGGCCGGAGCCGGGGGAGCGAGGGAGGCCUGAACCGGAGAGGGAAGCCAGGGCUCGAAGAGCGAGAGAGGCCGGGGCCUGAUGUAGCGAGGGCUGCUGGGCGAGCGAAGGGAGCCGAGGCCUGAGGAGCGAGGAUGACCGAAGCCCAAAGAGCAAAGGGAACCCCGGCCUGGCGUCGUGAUGGCGGCGGGGCACUAGUGAAGGAAGCGGGACCCAAGGAGAGAGGAGAGCCGGAGGCUGCGGAGCGAGAGCGGCUUUGGGCUGGCGUCAAGGGCGGAGUCAGACCCUCGCGGACUGGAAGCAGCCGCAGCGAGCAAAGCAGUCUGGGCUUGGCGGAACUGGGGCUGCCGGGGAGACGCCCUGGAGCAUCCUAGAUGCGUCCGGUCGUCCCUCCCGUUGGUCGGGAGCAGGCAGGACCAGCCUGCCGUUUCAGGGCGCCCCUCUCGCGACCAGCCUACUGCAAUGGCCUGAUGGUCAAAUGAGAGAGCCUGCAGGCACCGGAUGCUUCGGUUUUUCCAGGGCACCUCAGGGCUUAGGCACCUCCUUCUUUCUGCCCGACAGUAGCUACUGGCACCUUGCUCCUGAGCAUAUUACGCUGGACAUUUGACAUUGCCUGCUCUGCUCCUUCCAGUACGCAGACCCUCCAGCAUGACAGUCUCUUCAUUUUAGGAUUGGAGACUAAGGCUGGGGGAUGUUGGGAGCCAGACUUUCCCUCUUUUCAGGCAGCAAGUUGCUGUUUGUUACCCCUAGUGGGAGAUGAGCUUGAGGGGGUCUGACUACAUGAUUGAGGUCACAGCUUGACCAAGGAGAUGUCAUUUGAGUGGAAGCCCUACCACUGCCCAUGGAUUGCACAGCACGUCCUUUCUAAUGGGAAGCUCUUGUCUGCUGAAGUGACUCAUUAUGUGAUCCCAGACUGGAAAGUUGUCCAGGAUUACCUUGAGGUCCUGGAGUUCCCCGAGCUGAAGGGAGUUAUUUUCAUGCAAACGGCUUGUCAAGCAGUGCAGCACCAGAGAGGCCGGAGACAAUAUAACAAACUGCGAAACCUCCUGAAGGAUGCUCGACAUGACUGCAUUCUCUUUGCUAAUGAAUUCCACCAGCACUGUUACCUCCCUCGGGAAAAGGGGGAAGCCAUGGAGAAGUGGCAGACCAGGAGCAUAUACAACUCAGCUGUUUGGUACUACCACCACUGUGAGGACAGGAUGCCCAUCGUUAUGGUGACAGAAGAUGAAGAGGCCAUUCAGCAGUAUGGAAGUGAAACAGAAGGCGUAUUUGUAAUUUCUUUCAAGAAUUACCUGGACAACUUCUGGCCAGAUUUGAAGGCUGCCCAUGAGCUCUGUGACUCCAUCCUUCAGUCUCGCCGGGAAAGGGAGAAUGAGAGUCAGGAAACCCAUGGGAAAGAGUACCCGGAACACCUUCCCCUGGAAGUACUGGAAGCAGGCAUCAAAUCUGGACGCUACAUCCAGGGAAUUCUGAAUGUCAACAAGCACAGAGCUCAGAUAGAAGCUUUUGUUCGCCUACAAGGAGCCAGCAGUAAGGACUCAGGCUUGGUCAGUGACAUCCUCAUCUAUGGCUCAAAGGCUCGGAACCGCUCCAUCCAUGGAGAUGUGGUGGUGGUGGAGCUGCUCCCCAAAAGCGAGUGGAAGGGAAGAACCGUUGCCCUGUGUGAGAAUGACAGUGAUGACAAGGCGUCGGGCGAGUCCCCAAGUGAGCCCAUGCCCACAGGUCGAGUGGUAGGCAUCCUUCAAAAGAACUGGCGAGAUUAUGUGGUGACAUUUCCAUCCAAAGAAGAGGUCCAGACUCAGGGCAAAAAUGCCCAGAAGAUUCUGGUCACGCCGUGGGAUUACAGAAUCCCCAAGAUCCGCAUCAGCACUCAGCAAGCGGAGGCCCUCCAGGAUUUCAGGGUGGUUGUGCGCAUUGAUUCCUGGGAGACAACAUCAGUGUAUCCAAAUGGACACUUCGUGCGCGUCUUAGGGAGAAUCGGUGAUCUGGAAGGAGAGAUAGCAACCAUCCUGGUAGAGAACAGUAUCUCUGUGGUCCCCUUCUCGGAAGCCCAGAUGUGUGAGAUGCCAGUGAACACACCAGAAAACCCUUGGAAAGUGAGUCCCAAAGAAGAGCAAGAACGGAAGGACCUGAGGAACACCCACCUUGUGUUCAGCAUCGACCCCAAAGGUUGCGAAGAUGUGGAUGAUACGCUCUCAGUCAGAACCUUGAGUAACGGCAACCUGGAGCUCGGGGUCCACAUUGCUGAUGUCACACACUUUGUGGCCCCCAACUCUUACAUCGAUGUUGAAGCUAGAACAAGGGCCACCACUUACUACCUAGCGGACCGCCGCUAUGACAUGCUGCCUUCCAUCCUCAGCGCAGACCUCUGCUCCCUCUUGGGAGGCGUUGACCGGUAUGCUGUGUCAGUCAUGUGGGAAUUAGAUAAAACCUCUUAUGAAAUUAAGAAGGUGUGGUAUGGCAGAACCAUUAUCCGAUCAGCUUACAAACUGUUCUAUGAGGCGGCCCAGGAACUGCUGGAUGGAAACUUCAACAUUGUUGAUGAUAUUCCAGAAUUCAAAGCCUUGGAGGAGCAGAGCCAACAGGCCAAACUAGAGGAGUUAGUGUGGGCAAUUGGAAAGUUGACUGACAUAGCUCGCCACAUCCGAGCAAAAAGAGACCGCUGCGGUGCCUUGGAGCUGGAAGGUAUAGAGGUUCGAGUCCAGCUGGAUGACAAGAAGAACAUUCAUGACCUCAUCCCCAAGCAGCCCCUGGAGGUUCAUGAGACAGUGGCUGAAUGCAUGAUCCUGGCCAACCAUUGGGUGGCCAAGAAGAUCUGGGAGAGUUUCCCCCACCAGGCUUUGCUGCGCCAACACCCUCCUCCACACCAGGAGUUUUUCUCAGAGCUCCGGGAAUGUGCUAAAGCAAAAGGCUUCUUCAUAGACACACGGUCCAAUAAAACCCUGGCUGACUCCCUGGAUAGUGCAAAUGACCCCAAGGACCCCUUGGUAAACAAGCUGCUGCGCUCCAUGGCCACCCAGGCCAUGUCAAAUGCGCUCUACUUCUCUACGGGAUCCUGUGCUGAGGAAGAGUUCCAUCACUAUGGUCUCGCAUUAGAUAAAUAUACCCACUUUACUUCUCCAAUAAGAAGAUACUCUGAUAUUGUGGUACAUCGACUAUUAAUGGCAGCCAUUUCAAAAGACAAGAAAAUGGAGAUUAAAGAAAAUUUGUUGAGCAACAAAAACCUUGAGGAGUUAUGCAGACACAUCAACAACAGGAACCGAGCAGCACAGCGUUCUCAGAAGCAGUCCACUGAGCUCUUCCAGUGUAUGUACUUUAAAGACAGAGACCCGGAAACUGAGGAGCGCUGCAUAGCUGAUGGAGUUAUUUAUUCCAUUAGAACAAACGGUGUACUUGUAUUUAUACCAAGGUUUGGGAUUAAAGGUGCUGCUUAUCUGAAGAAUAAAGAUGGCUUAGUGAUCUCCUGUGGCCCAGAGGGCCGCUCUGAAUGGAAGCCAGGAUCCCUCCAAAGAUCUCAAAACAAGAUCAUCUCUACCACAGCUGGAGGGCAGUCUGUUACAUUUCAUCUGUUUGACCAUGUGACAGUAAGAAUUUCUGUCCAGGCCUCACGCUGUCACUCGGAUACAAUCAGGCUUGAAAUAGUAAGCAACCAACCAUACAUGAUCGCAAACACAGAACUCUGUCACCAGAGCUCCCUGCUGAAGAGUGAGUUAGUAAGGGAAGUGACCCGAUCUGUGGAAGAAGCGCAGCUUGCACAAGAAGUCAAAGGCAAGGUGAUUCAGGAAGAGCAUCAAGAAUACUGCCAGACAAAGGGAAGAAGCUUGUACACGCUGCUGGAGGAGAUAAGGGACCUAGCUCUUCUGGAUAUUUCCGACAGUUAUGCAAUGUGAAAUAUUUCCAUGUCAUUAAAGACCUUUGUCUUAAGUGGUGUACUUUCUUUUCAAACUUAAAUUUUUUUUUGUCACUUGAUGCUCUAGCUGAAGGAAAUUAAGUGGCACGCAAUGUUCUCAAAUCUCACAAAAGUGGAACUAGCUCCUUAUACAAACUAAUUUCUCUUUUUGUUGUUGUUGUGUUGUUUUUAUUUUUUCAUGAUAGGGUCUCACUAUGUAACUAUGGCUAUCCUGGAACUCAAGGCUGGUCUUAAAUUCAGAGAUCCAUCUGCCUUUCAAGUGCUAGGAUUAAAGGUGUGCAACACUAUACCUAGCUACUAAAAACUGUUUUUUUCAGCAGUGAGCAAACCAAGAUGGGGCUGUAAAAGGCAGGUUGUCAGUCUCUUUCUAGUAAAUCCAAAAUUAUCUUGCCUCAAUUCUUAGUUUUUUAAAAAGAGGGCCUCACUAUGUAGCCUUGACUAGCCUAAAACACACUAUGUAAAGCAAGCUAUUAAGAUCCUCUUGCCUCUGCCUCCAGACUGAUGGGAUUAAAGGUAUGUGCCACCA